AUGAAGUUGUCCUGUCUGUCGAUUAGCCUUUUGACUAUUUUUAAGGUGGUUUUCGCUUCCGUUGAGGAGCUACCUGUGGAAAUGGACGACUCAACUGCCAUCGGAGACCCUAGGCUAGACCGCCCAAAUUUCGACAUUUCCUAUGAGACUCUUGAACAAGGAGCUGGUAACCUCGCUACAUUCUUAGAGUUUGAGGAGGGUAGUAACGCUACUCUAAAAUACUCAUUUCACAAUAACGAAGAAGUGAACGUCUCUGUUGUCGCCGUCGGUGGUUCUCUGUACGAUGUCCACGCCAAAAGUAUCGCUGCCAACAUCAGUGCAGCUACUGUUGGACCAAUCCCUGCAGCGGUCAAUGGAUCAAUCGUUUUUCAGCAAAUAGUCAAGCUGCUUCUUCCAGAGGGGGAGUAUGUUUUGUCACCAGACAUUUAUGUGGAAAUAAAUGAGCAGACCAUGAGAAUUAUUGCGAAUCCAAGUCUGAUCAGAGUUUUGCCGCCUCCAAUGUCAUUUUUCAAUCCUAAGUUCAUUCUAGUUCAAUUGGUUUUAGCCUUACUAAUCGUUGGCGUGUCGUACUCGGCUUUAAAGCCCGCUCGUGGAGUUAUUUCUCGCAAGAAGCCAAGUUCCAAAGACAAUUUGCCUGGCACUGUCAGCUCCGGCUGGCUUCCUGCAAAUCACGCUAAAAGGUAA